UUUCAAUUUGAGGCAAGAAUAAAAUCUGCUCAAGGAUAUUAGUUUGAGAACUUCCUGGUGGUUUAGAUUUCAAGCAGAGCUUGUGCUUAACCCUCACCCAGGCACCAAGGCUCAGAGUCAGCAGGAGUGAGUUCAGGAAUCCUCGGGACAAGGCACUUUCCUGAGCACUGGACAAGCAACUUCUUGGCUUCCAGGGAGGACAGACACACAGCCAUCAUGGAACCCAAACCUCAGAAGAGUCCAGGCAAACAAUUUACAUUUUCUUAUGAAAAUGAAGUCUGCAAACAAGAUUACUUUAUUAAAUCACCACCUUCUCAGCUGUUCUUCUCUGUGACCUCUUGGAAAAAGCGGUUUUUCAUCCUGUCAAAGGCUGGGGAAAAGAGCUUUAGUCUUUCCUAUUAUAAAGACCAUCAACACCGAGGUUCCAUAGAAAUUGAUCAAAAUUCCAGUGUAGAAGUUGGCAUAAGUAACCAGGAAAAGAUGCAAUCUGUGCAAAAGAUGUUUAAAUGCCACCCUGAAGAGGUCAUGUCCAUCAGAACCACUAACAGGGAAUACUUCCUCAUCGGCCAUGACAGGGAGAAGAUUAAAGACUGGGUCUCCUUCAUGUCAUCAUUUCGCCAGGAUAUAAAAGCAACACAGCAGAACACAGAGGAGGAACUCUCAUUGGGUAAUAAAAGAACCCUCUUCUACCCCAGCCCUCUCCUUGGCCCUUCCAGCACAUUAGAGGCUGUUGGCUCCAGCUCACCAAGAAAUGGUCUCCAAGACAAGCAUUUAAUGGAACAAACUUCUCCAGGAUUUAGGCAAGCUCACCUACAAGAUUUAUCAGAAGCCACUCAAGAUGUGAAGGAAGAGAAUCAUUAUCUUACUCCUCGAAGUGUUCUUUUAGAGUUGGAUAAUAUCAUUGCUUCCAGUGAUUCUGGUGAAUCCAUUGAAACUGAUGGUCCAGACCAGGUCUCUGGAAGAAUCGAGUGUCAUUAUGAGCCAAUGGAAUCCUAUUUUUUCAAAGAGACAUCCCAUGAAUCUGUGGAUAGCAGCAAAGAGGAACCCCAGACCCUUCCAGAGACCCAGGACGGGGGCCUCCACCUGCAAGAACAAGGCUCAGGAAUUGAUUGUUGUCUUUCCCCUGCUGAUAUGGAAGCACAGACCACAAAUAACCAAAAGGGGUCGGCCUCACUAACUGUUGUGCAAUUGUCUAUAUUAAUCAAUAAUAUCCCUGAUGAAAGCCAAGUGGAGAAACUGAACGUUUUCCUUUCUCCUCCUGAUGUCAUCAACUAUCUUGCUCUCACAGAAGCCGCAGGACGGAUAUGUGUGUCUCAGUGGGAAGGCCCCCCACGUUUGGGAUGCAUAUUUUGCCACGGAGAUCAUCUUUUGGCAGUGAAUGACCUGAAGCCCCAGAGCCUCGAGGAGGUCUCCUUGUUUCUCACCCGGUCCAUCCAGAAGGAGAAAUUAAAGCUUACCAUCGGCAGGAUCCCAAAUUCAGAGACAUUCCAUGCUGCAUCCUGUAUGUGUCCCUCAAAAUGCCAAAGGGCUGCACCUUCUCAGCUGGAUAAGCCUAGACUGAACAGGGCUCCCAAGAGGAGUCCGGCCAUUAAAAAGAGCCAGCAGAAAGGAGCCAGGGAGUAACGCACCCCAGACCCAUGGCAGCAGAACCAGGAUGGAGCUGGACUGUCCAGCUCUGCCCCCUGCUGCUGCCGUGUGAUAGGAGACAGUUGGCACCCCCCUCUGAAUUUCUGCAUCUGCAUCUUAACAAUGGGGAUGACUAUCCCCUCUCUGGUUAUUGCACCAGAGAUGUUAAGAGGGUCAUGUGGCAUGAUUGGAGAACCUGGGGGAAAUGGAAGGCCUUAUUAUCUCAGCUAUUGUCCCAAACACCACAGACACAGAUUGGGUCAGUCCCUCAUGUAAUACAUGCUGUGUUCUGUGAGGAUGUGGUCCACACAAUUCCUUCUUUGUUAAGGGACAUACAGUUGCAAAUACUCACUGCAAGAAGGCAAGAUUCCCAAGGGAGAUGUGAUACCCAAUCAGGCUUCCCAGACACCUCCUUCCCAAACAAACACCUCCCUCCCAACACCUCCUUCCCAAACACCACCUUCCCCAACCCCUCCUUCCCCAACCCCUCCUUCCCAAACACCUCCUUCCCAAACACCUCUUUCCCAAACACCUCCUUCCCAACACCUCCUUCCCAAACCCCUCCUUCCCAACCCUCCUUCCCAGACCCCUCCUUCCCAGACCCCUCCUUCCCAGACCCCUCCUUCCCAACACCUCCUUCCCAAACCCCUCUUUCCCAAACACCUCCUUCCCCAACACUUCCUUCCCAACACCUCCUUCCCCAACACCUCCUUCCCCAACACCUCCUUCCCAAACACCCCCUUCCCAAACACCUGCCUCUCCUCAACCCCACAGGCCAGAGUUCUGAGAGAGAGUGGCCUUUUGGAUUCAAUAAGUAUCUUGUUCUCUUAAAGACUCAGCAACGAUUUUAGAAGUCGCAGCAGUUUUACAUCAUAUGCAGCCAAGAUCAGCUUGCUCUACAAGCAAUAACAGAACUACUUAGCACUUCAAGGUUGAAAAUUCUUCACUAAUGGAUCCAUUGACUAAUUGAUCCUGGAAGGCCAAAGGAUUAAAAUUCUUGUUUAUAAAUAGGAAAACAAAGGCAGAGAGCUAAAGCACUAAUCAAAUCGGGGAGUGUUAGAGCAAAAACAGGCUUCAGAAAGAGUAUUUUACCAUGUUGUUGCUUCACGUGGAAGAAAUCAAGCCCCAGAGCAAUGAAAGGCGUACCUUCUUUGUUUCUCCAAGUUUCAUAACCGUUCAGUUGCAGAACCAAUAAUCUACAACCAGCUCUGGGAAACAAAUGUCCAGAUGCCAGCCUCAUAUUUGAACUUGGAUUUGAAAAUACCUUCAGCACUUAGAAGAGACAUUCAAAUACAUUUCAUUUCCUGUUAUCCAGAUUGUUCGGAAAGUAUGAAAAAUUUUUCAUUUACAUGCUGAUAUGGUUUGGAUCUGUGUCCCUAACAAAUCCCAUGUUGAGUGUGGUCCCCAGUGUUGGAGGUGGAGCCUGGUGGGAGACAGCUGGAUCAUGAGAUCGUGGGGGUGGAUUUCUCAUGAAUGAUUUAGCAUCAUCUCCUUGGUGCUAUUCUCGUGAUAGUAAGUUCUCGUCAGAUCUGGUUGUUUAAAAGUGUGCAGCAACUCUCCGCUCACUCUCUUCCUCCUGCUCCUGCCGUGUAAGACGCCUGCUCCAUCUGCCACAAGUGAAAGCUUCCUGAGGCCUCCCCAGAAGCAGAUGCUGCCAUGCUUCCUGUACAGCCUGCAGAACUGUGGACCAAUUAAACCUCUUUUCUUAUAAAUUACCCGGUCUUGGGGAUUUAUUAUUUAAUGUGAGAACGCAUGCCCUUUUGGAUCUACUGUUUCUACUUUUAUAAAUUUAUCCUGCAGAAAUACACAAAUACACAAAGAUACAUGUAAAAAAAGUAGUUUACUGCAGUACUGUUUGUAAUAAUAAAAAAUCAGGCUGGAUGUGGUGGCUCAUGCCUAUAAUCCCAACACUUUGGGAGGCCGGGACAGGUGGAUCACCUGAGGUCGGGAGCUCGAGAACAACCUGACCGACAUGGAGAAACCCUGUCUUUGCCAAAAAUACAAAACUAGCUGGGCACUGUGGCACAUGCCUGCAAUCCCAGCUACUUGAGAGGCUGGGGCAGGAGAAUCACUAGAACCAGGAGGCAGAGGUUGCGGUGAGCUGAGAUCAUGCCAUUGCACUCCAGCCUGGGCAACAAGAGCAAAACCCCAUCUCAAAAAAAAAAAAUCAUUUGAGUAUUGCUUAAUUCUGAUUUCAUAUCAUUGAACACUACAGAUGUUAAAAUGUUCAGCAUGCACAGUUCUGUAAAAUUGUUCAUGAUAUAUUAAGAAUGAAAGAAUCAAGUUGUAUAAUACGGAUAACAUCAUCCCACUUUUGUACAAAUAAAUGUUUGGUGUUUGUGUGUAUGU